AUGAAAAGUAUAAGCAAUAUUACGGCUAGGAAGCUAUCCGGCAAUGGAGUUCACCCUCGCUACCUGAAUAUAUCGGGUUUACUCCCUCCAGUAUCUUCUCUAUCCCUCGACCCAGCAUCGUCUCUGCUCCCCCAAGCACCUGCAGACUACUGUGGACUAUGCAUUAUAGAGGCUCCCGGAGGCAUUCGUUUGGUAUACUGGGAACCGGACGGUGUGGGAUCUCAAGGGAAUGUCACCGCAAACGCAAACCCAACUCAACCGUACACCACAGUGGAUAAUGGAUUCACGUAUACAUCUCCUUCGGUAUACGUGAUAUACAGCGAGCUGCAGGCAACGGUGUCGGCGACGGGUCAAUGCGACCUGUCAGCUUCCGGAGAUCCUGUGGGACCAUCCUAUGCAGCGAAGACAAUCGGGUAUUCUUCGCGUUUCCUUGCUUAUGGAACAGUCACAAUUCCAGGACCGAAUUGCGAUGAGCAGUACAUCGAGGGUGGAUUUCACACUAUCGACUUCAGCGAGCUCUAUUACACGCCUAUUGUCACGAGUACAGUCUACAAACCGGGCUGUACUCCCUACGCGAAUCCGCGUUUGUCUUUGCCUGCGGACCUGAUUGAUGUCGUCCCUGCUUGGGAGACAUGCCAACCUCUUUUCUAUGGAGCUUUUGAUCCGCCAAGCAUCUUGACGAAGGCUAGUGGUCUCGCUCCCGCUCAAGCCAGUCCUGCAGCAGUCACGCCCCCUCCGCCUCCUGUUCCAGCUUUGCCCGUCGUAGCUCAGGCGACUCCUACUGCUGGAAUUCCCGCUGCGACAAUAGCGCCAAACAACGCUGGACAAAUGGCAGGAGCAAUUGACCCACCAGCAUCUGUCAUCAAGUCGAAUGAUAUAACCUUGUUGAAUGGGAACACCCAUGAAGUGGUGGCAACACCUGCGGCUUCACCGGAGGAUAGUGAUCCGAACUCGCAGGAAGCAGUUGCGGCCAAUAAUGAUCCGAGCGGCCAGUUGAUUGCGCCUACAGCAGCGGUCGUGGCGAACAACCCUACUCAAACCCCAGCGUCUGGAACUGACCCGGACUCGCAGAAAGUAGCUACGGGCAACGACGGUCCAAGUGGCCAGGUGCCAGGGUCUGCUGCUGCAGUCAUUGUCAAGUCACCUGUUCAAACUCCAGCGUCUGCGGCUAACAUCGUUGUUGCCCAAGGUAAAACGCUGACGGAAAAUGGUCCUUCAGCGAAUAUUGGUGGGAAAGCUGCUGUGUAUUCCUCGGGCUCUGUUUACGUGGAUUCGACUCCGGUGGCGGUUCCUACCAGCGCGCAAGUCACUCCGGCUAACAUUGUCGUUGCUCAAGGCCAGACGCUUACAGAAGGUGGGUCCUCAGCCAAUUUCGGCGGAAAGGCUGCCGUGUAUUCCGCAGGCUCCAUUUACCUGGACUCCUCGACUCCGAUUGCCGUUCCUAAAGCCGAAGACACUAACGUGGUGGUUGCCCAGGGUCAGACACUCACGGAAAACGGUCUAACCGCCAGCAUUGGUGGGAAGGCGGCCGUGUACUCUGCCGGGUCCCUCUAUUACGACUCAACUCCUAUACCAAUUCCUAAGGCUUCUCCGACUAACGUGGUUGUUGCCCAAGGCCAAACGCUUACGGAAAAUGGCCCUUCUGCGUAUCUCGGUGGGAAGACUGCCCUGUACAAAGCAGGUUCGAUCUAUUACGACUCCACUUCAGUUGCGAUUCCCACAUCAACGCAAGGCCAACAAAACCACCCGCCGGUGGUUGCGGCCGGGGUUACUUUCGCCCCAACGAUACAGACUCCCUCGUCAGUCGUCACAAAUGGCAUCACUUUUGCGCCAGUGGUGGAAAAGGCCUCUCCCGUAGUUGCAGGCGGGAUCACAUUUGCGCCAAUACUACAAAGCGUUGGGGGAAAUACCCAUGAGCCUGUCGUGGCUGGUGGCAUAACCUUCCAGCCUAGUAAUGUUCAGUCAUCAAACGCUGUUGCAAUGGAAACGCCAGCACCACUUUCGGUGGGUAGGAUCCCGGUGCUAAAAGCCGCGAACGGUGGCUUGAUCGUAGCAGGUACUACGAUAUUUCAGGGAAGCACAACUAGCUUGCUCGGACAUGUCAUAGUGGCUAACUCCGAUAACGUCGUUUUGGAUGGUACAACCCAUUCCCUCGCACCUGUAACUGCUUAUCCUGUUGAGACACCGACAUCGACACCACUCGAGAUAGCCAAUGAGCCCGUAUUAAAAGCUGCAAAUGGCGACCUAGUCAUAGCGGGCAGCACGGUAUCUCAAGGGAGCAUGACUAGUCUGCUUGGUCAUGCUAUUUCUGUUGGUUUAGGUAAUGUCGUACUGGACGGCACGACUCAUGCGUUCGGACCUGUUAGUGCACAUCCUCUUGAGACACCGACUCCACUCGAAAUUGCCAACCAGCCUGUAAUGAAAGCUGCGAACGGUGGAUUGGUCCUUGCAGGUGUCACGAUACCACAGGGGAGUCAGAUCAGUCUGUUUGGACAUGUCGUCUCAGUCGGUGCCGAUAAUCUGGUCGAAGAUGGCAAAACUCUCGUUUUUGCAGCUAACACUAAAGUUGCUGGGCAGCAAUCCGUGACGAGUCUUGUAUAUGGGACAUCCAACAUUGAAACAACCCUCACAUCGGGCGUCACGUACUCAUCAAGCGGUCACAUCAUCACCUACACUGGAUCAAUCCCCUCCGUUCUCACAGAAGCGACAUCAAGCGUCAUCGGCACCACUACCGUGCCCCAACAAGCAUCCGCUUUGCCCAACCAGGUCUUCGUUGAAACAUCAGUAUACGCGACACCUGAACAGCUGUUUGUAGAGGCAUCGCCAUCAGCUCUGCAGUACGUUCUAAAUGGGAAGACAGCAACCGCAGCUGCGCCAAGCGAUGUUCCACUCGGCGGCUUAAUUCUGGCUGGUUUCGGUGCUGUACCUAGCAAUGGGUCCACACCAAUGAAGUCGUCGGUAUUGCCAUCCAUGGUUCUGGUGAACAGUACUGUGACUUCGAUCCCGACGUCUCAGACGGUAAGGCCUCCAGGUUCGACUUCAAUGCCUGGGAGCAAGGCGUCGCCGUCUAGACCAGCUCAUGGGACGGGCCCCAGAGUAAUGAGUUGGGCGCGGGUCUUGGGGAAUUACUUUGUUGUGCUUGGGUACAUUCUGGGUAUUGCAUUAAUCAUGUAG